UGCCAACCCAAUCCCAAAGAAGAAAUUUACGUCACUGCUAAGGCUGGACGAACAUGGCGGCUGUCAUGAGAUUUGUCAACAGAAGCACCUUUGGUUCUAGAAUGGGUCAUCAAUGUUUAUCCUUCAGUUGUUCAGCAGCAGUGGCGAAAUCAGUUCAAGUUGGUGCAUCUGCAGGGAAGGCUCUCCCACAGAGGGUAAAGAUAGUGGAGGUUGGACCCAGAGAUGGUCUUCAGAAUGAAAAGACUCUUGUCCCUACUGAAGUUAAGAUUCACCUGAUUGACAUGCUCUCAGAGGCAGGCCUUCCUGUCAUUGAAGCCACAAGCUUUGUCUCUCCAGAAUGGGUCCCACAGAUGGCCGACCAGGUAGAGGUGAUGAAGGGGAUCAACAGACGGCCUGGUGUGUCCUAUCCCGUACUGACCCCCAACCUCAAGGGCUUCCAGGCAGCUGUACAUACCUCUGAUUGGCUCCAUGCACCUGUUACUGUGAAGGCAGGAGCAGCAGAGGUGGCCAUAUUUGGGGCUGCUUCUGAGCUGUUUAGUAAGAAGAACAUCAACUGCUCUGUGGAUGAGAGCCUGCAGCGCUUUGAGGAGGUCACCAAAGCAGCCAAAGAGGCCGGUGUGCGAGUCAGAGGGUAUGUGUCAUGCGUGCUGGGAUGCCCAUAUGAGGGCCAGGUGUCACCAGACAAAGUGGCUCAGGUAGCCAAGCGUCUGUAUUCCAUGGGUUGCUAUGAGAUCUCUCUGGGCGACACCAUAGGUGUGGGUACACCGGGCGGCAUGGCUGAGUUGCUGGAGGCAGUGAGCAGGGAGGUGCCUGUUGACGCCUUGGCAGUCCACUGCCAUGACACCUAUGGUCAGGCUCUGGCCAACAUCCUCAUCGCCCUGCAGAUGGGCAUCAGCGUUGUGGACUCAUCUGUGGCUGGCCUGGGCGGGUGUCCAUAUGCACAAGGGGCUUCUGGGAAUGUGGCCACAGAGGAUGUGGUGUACAUGCUGCAUGGACUCGGCAUUCAGACGGGAGUGGACCUGCCCAAGCUGAUGGAUGCUGGAGCGUUCAUCUGUCGUUCCCUGAACAGAAAGACUAGCUCUAAAGUGGCCCAGGCAACCUGCAAACUCUGAACCUGGCUCCACGAAGGCCUAUAAGAGGGAUGUCACAAAUGAUACCUACAGACAUGGCCAGAAGGCAUUACCAAGGCAAGGCACACACACACCUGUGCCACUUAGAUGUAAAAUACUUUGAUUUAGCUGUAGGUAAAAGCGGUUGUAAGAACUGUGUGUUCCGUUAUUUGAUAUAAGUCAAGUACCUUUCUUAUAAAUGAAAACAUCCAAAUAGUUGGAAAGCCUUGCUCAAGUGGUGCCUUCUCAUUCUUCUCAUGUCCUCCAUACACCUGGUGCCUUGUUGUCCUCUCCCUCUGUGUGUUACAUGAUCAUUGCAAAUGCACAAACGGUUUAUUCAGAGUAAAUUAUGCUGUUGAAUAUGUAUCUCAUACCAAACUUGAAUCAACAGAAAGUUAAAUGAAGGUAUUAUUGACAGUUAUUGUUGUAUUGACCAUUUGGGUGUACAAACAGACCUUGAUAUUUGCAGAGUGGAAUAGAAAACAGAUCUAUUGAUGAGAAUCAACAAAUUGAUUUAUAUUAUGGGACAGGGAGUCACAGGAUUUAGCCAUUGUGUUGUCAUGUUUGUUAUUGUCAUCUUCCAAAUCUUCCGACUAUCCUUCCUUGAAAAUCACUUGGGAUUUGCAAACCUACCAUAUUAGGGCAGUAAAGUCCAUCAUUCCAGCAGUUGGAAUAGAAUUUGAAUGUUUUCGUCUGUUUAAUUCUCGGUUUUGGUGUGUCUCAUUGUGAAUGUAAAUAUUUAUUGUAAAAGGUUGCACUUCUGAAAUGACGCUGUUAGAAAAGUUUAUCAUAAAUCUAAGGAAGCUAAAUUCUUUGCUGUAUUUAAAUAAAAAAAAAAACUUACUCUUUAA